GUAAAUAAUGGCGGAGAUUUAGCGGACUGGAUAGCUUUGCAAUCUAUAUCAUCACACGCAAGCCGUCUAUAGUUGCUGCAUAUAAUACAUAGAAAUCCAAAGACAGAUUAUCGAUUUACUGAUUUAUGGGGGAAUUGUGACGGUUAUCAAACAGGCAUGGAGUUGCGAGUUGGCAACAAAUAUCGUUUAGGUAGAAAGAUCGGCAGUGGUUCGUUUGGAGAUAUUUACCUUGGAACUGAUAUUUCAAACGGAGAGGAAGUUGCAAUUAAACUAGAAUGUGUGAAAACAAAGCAUCCCCAGCUGCAUAUAGAAAGCAAAAUUUACAAAAUGAUGCAAGGUGGAGUUGGAAUUCCAACGAUCAAAUGGUGUGGGGCAGAAGGAGACUACAAUGUGAUGGUAAUGGAACUACUGGGUCCAAGUUUAGAAGACCUUUUCAAUUUCUGCUCAAGAAAAUUCAGUCUCAAAACAGUACUUUUGUUGGCAGACCAGUUGAUAAGCAGAAUUGAAUAUAUACAUUCAAAAAACUUUAUCCAUAGAGAUGUGAAGCCUGACAAUUUUCUCAUGGGCCUUGGCAAGAAGGGCAACCUUGUGUAUAUAAUAGACUUUGGUUUGGCGAAAAAGUAUCGAGAUGCAAGAACACACCAGCAUAUACCAUACAGGGAAAAUAAGAAUCUCACAGGGACGGCCAGAUAUGCCAGUAUAAACACACAUUUAGGAAUAGAACAAAGUAGGAGAGAUGACAUGGAGUCUUUAGGUUAUGUAUUCAUGUACUUUCUGAGGGGCAGUCUACCUUGGCAAGGUUUGAAGGCAGCUACAAAAAGACAGAAGUAUGAGAGAAUAAGUGAAAAAAAGAUGUCAACACCAAUUGAGGAGUUGUGUAAAGGAUUUCCAUCUGAAUUUGCUACAUACCUGAAUUUUUGUCGGUCGUUGCGAUUUGAUGACAAACCCGAUUACUCCUACCUUCGGCAGUUAUACCGAAACUUAUUCCAUCGACAGGGAUUCACAUAUGACUACGUUUUUGAUUGGAACAUGUUAAAAUUUGGUGGUCGUAGUAAUGAAGACUCAGAAAGAGAUAGAAGACACCAGCAUAUCCACAGCUCCUCCUCAAGGCCACACGGAACAGCAGCAGGUAGAGUCCGACAAGAACAGGCAGGAAUAUCUGGUGGACCCCCAGCCUCAGGAGACUAUGGCACCACUUCGCCUCGGCCAGUAUCUAGGGAACGUGAGCGCAGAACCAGUACUAGACUACAUCGAGGUGUUCCAACAAGUUCAGAACUGGCCCGAGAUCCCACAAGAGUGCAUGUAUCAGCUGCCCUCAUGCAGCAAGGGCUUAUCAGUGGAAUUAACUCUGGAUUACGUAGAGGAAGCGCUUCAAAAGAUGGUGAAAUGAUGGCAAGGGCAACAUCUGCUAGACAUUUAAAACAUUGAUGAGGUAGAGACCCGUCAGACAUGGCCAAAAUGAAAAAGAAGAAACUCACAAAAAGAAUUCCCAUGAAGUACAGGCAUCAGAAGUGACAGUAAAUUUGGCAGAAAUAGUUUUGGCAGAGGAUGAUGUUGACCAUGCAUGUAACAAAUGAGGUAUGACGUGCAUAUUAUUCCUGGCAGUUUUGCAAGAUGUAUAUGAUAAAGAAACUCAAUUGAUCCUAAAAUGAUUCUCUUGAGUUUUGUACCCUAGAUUGUUUGUAUCCAUUUGAUGUUAGCCGAUGAAGGCUACAUUGAAAUUGGUGCUACUAUGCGAAGUCAAAACCAAUGUGAAUGAAAAGUGAAAGCCUGACAGUUUCUCGACAUGGUUUUACAUGCCCAGAAAAGCUAUCCAAAGAUGAACACCAGAUCAAGUGAAGAGGUUGCUGCAGCGAGAGAUUUUUUGCACACCUAAGGAAUGAACAGGUCAUUUUGUUUAUGAGAGAGGAUGAGACCGAAGGAUAAGUCUUAGUUUUACAACAAUCUAAUCUAGUACCAUCUUUGAACAAGAUGGAUCUAACUAAAUGUUGUUGUGCAAACAAGAGCUGGGUUUUGGGAAAUAUGUUACAUUGUGCAUGGUUUUUACAAAGGUAAGUCAACAGGUAAGCUUUUAGCUUAGAGACUACAUGUAAAACACUUCAUGUAUUGGACACUGAAGAUUUUUAAGCAUGUAAAAUGAAUGGUUCAUAACCUAGAUUUAUAGAAUUGACUGUUGGCCACAUGAUUAUCACAUGGAAAUAGACUGCACCUGACACUGUUUACCCAAGACACCAUGGUUGGGCCUCAGGUAAGUCACUCCAAAGUCACAGCUAUUUAGUUCUUUUCCAUUCUUAAGUACAUCCUUUUAAAUACAGUGACCUGAAUUGGUUAGAAAACCUUAAUUAAUUUAUGAAAAGUAAAAAAGAUAAUAAUGAUUGGUUUACUUCCAUCAUUGUUGUCAUAGUUAGCACUGUUCAUCUUGUUCAUAAAAAAUUGUAGUGAACUUGAUAAAAGCAUUGUGCGCUUCAUCAGAUCACGAAUUGUUUAAAUCAGUCUAGUCUUGUACCACCUGCAGCAUAGGUAUUAGCAUGAUGUUGCUAAGUAUCCUCUGUAGUUUAGUUACUGGAGAUUUGGUUUCUGGUCAAAUCUUGAUCGGGCUGAUGUACAACUGUUAUGUGUGCCUACUGGUUUUAGUUCGUGAUUGUUAGUAAAACUUUGUGAUAUCAGAUGCUAGUGAUGAAUGUCUUUACCUGUUCACUGUAUUAUCAGCUUGUGAUAGCUGCCUUUAUUCACCCUGGACAUGGCAGUAAAAAAUGUACAUCAAAUACAUUGAAGAUGUGGCUUUUGUCCUGUCAUUUUCUGGUAAUUAUCCGAUGUAAGGGAGCCCAUUGUUUUUCUAAUUAAUGUUCUGCAACCUCGCCCAGUUCGUAAGAAACACACUUCAGCCACUGAAGAACUCGAUAAUUCACUAAGUUCAUUUGUUUCAUUUUUUUUUUAGGAUACAUGCAUCUGGGAUUAAUCUGUUAAAAUCACAUAAAUGCAUGAAGGAUGUACAUGUAUUUUGUUGAUCCAUGGAUAUAAUGAUCAGUGUAAUAGGUUAUUAACUUGCCCAGUAAUGUGCAGGUGAAAUGAAAAGUGACUGGGAUAUAGGUAUGUUUUGUCAAUGACCUGUAAAUAUUUUGAACAAUAUUGUCAGCUGGUCGUGGCUACUGCUGUCCAUUGCCAUGACACCAGUGGGCUUUUAUUUGUAUAUUGAUCAAAUCAUUGUGCAUACAAGUACUCCCUCAAAAUUUGUAAAGUGUGUUGCCUUUCUGUGUAUUUUAUCUCUUGUCGAUUAUUUCUGUUUUCUUGAUUUGAGUUUUGUGUACAAUGUAUACCCCUAGUGUGAGUGUGAGAGACAAUUGUACGAUUGUGUGACUGAAAUGCAAUAGACCUUGUCUCUUAUAUAAGGUAAUUAUUACUGUAUACAUGUACAACAGUUGUAACAAUAUGACUGAUGCAAAUAAACUCCACUGUU